AUGGUAAGCUCCGCUGCGCCUGGAAGACUCUCGCGAAAAGUGCGCAUUACCGUAGUGGCUGCGGAUGGCUUAUCCAAGCGUGAUGUAUUCCGCCUGCCUGACCCAUUUGCUAUUGUGACAGUAGAUGGAGAACAAACUCACACAACCUCUGUGAUUAAAAAGACACUCAACCCAUACUGGAAUGACUCGUUUGACAUCACAGUCACAGACUCGUCGGUCGUCGCCGUGCAAAUCUUUGAUCAGAAAAAGUUUAAAAAGCGCGACCAAGGAUUCUUAGGCGUGAUCAAUGUUCGGGUGGCCGAUGUCAUCGACUUGGAACUCGGCGGAAAGGCACUCUUGACACGGGAUCUAAAGAAAUCCAACGAUAACCUUCCGAUUCACGGCAAGCUUAUUAUUGACUUGAAUACGAACGUCUCAACGCCGUUGCCUAGCCAGAGCUCGACAACAGCAACGCCUGUAUCUCGUGUCACGAGCACUGCUUCGACCACGCCCAGUGUGCCAACCACACGUCCUGCGGAGCCUGCGGCGCAGCAUGCCGCUCCGAUGGCCAUGAUGGGGACGUCGAGCACGCAUUCAGCUCAACGGGAGCCACAGGCAACCCCUGCGAUCGUUACUUCUGGUGCUUCUAUGCCGGUCCACACCAAUGCCCGGCCUACACUCGUCUCUACGGGAUCGUCUACCAUGCUCCCCAACAUAGCUGGGCCGACUACGCCGACCACGGCGACAACACCCUUGGUACAAUCCGCCACUGCGUCACCGCAUGCGGCGGCAAGGACUAUGGAUAGUCAGUUUGAAGACCAAAGCCCGCUUCCCAUGGGCUGGGAACGUCGUACUGACCAUCUUGGUAGAACGUACUACGUCGACCACAACACUCGCUCGACGACAUGGACUCGGCCAUCCAACGACCCCUCUGUACAGCGCCAGAAUGUGGAAAAUGAGCGUGCUCGUAUGAAUAAUGUGGCGACGGCAGAUGAUUUCCUGGGUGUUGACGGUACGUCGGCACCUGUAUCGAACCCUGCCGCGACACCAGUGUCGGCUGUAUCGAAUGCGACACAAUCGGGUGCAGGACCGUUACCUAGCGGCUGGGAACAGCGUACCACAGCAGAGGGCCGCCCUUACUUUGUGGAUCACAACACGCGUACGACAACGUGGGUCGACCCUCGUCGCCAGCAGAUUCUGCGCAUUAUGGGCCCGAAUGGUAACAACUUGAGCUUGCAGCCUCAGAGUGUGAGCCAGUUGGGCCCUCUUCCAAGUGGUUGGGAGAUGCGGCUUACCUCUACAGCUCGUGUGUACUUUGUGGACCACAACACAAAAACUACGACGUGGGACGAUCCUCGCUUGCCAAGCAGCCUCGACCAGAAUGUGCCGCAGUACAAGCGUGACUUCCGUCGCAAGCUGAUCUACUUCCGCUCGCAGCCGGCUCUGCGCCCUAUCCCUGGCCAGUGCCACGUAAAAGUGCGACGCACACAUAUCUUUGAAGACUCGUAUGCUGAGAUUAUGCGUCAACAACCGAACGAUCUUAAGAAGCGCCUGAUGAUCAAAUUCGAGGGCGAGGAUGCGUUGGAUUACGGAGGUGUAUCGCGUGAAUUCUUCUUCUUGCUGUCGCACGAGAUGUUCAAUCCGUUCUAUUGUCUGUUUGAAUACAGUGCACAUGACAAUUACACGCUGCAAAUCAACCCACAUUCUGGUAUCAACCCAGAGCAUUUGAACUACUUCAAGUUUAUUGGCCGUGUACUUGGCCUGGCCAUCUUUCACCGUCGUUUCUUGGAUGCUCACUUUAUUGUAUCCUUCUAUAAGAUGAUUCUUAAGAAAAAGAUCACUCUCUCUGAUAUGGAAAGUGUCGAUGCCGAUUACUACCGUUCGUUGCAAUGGAUGCUUGAUAAUCCUAUUGAAGGUAUUAUGGAAGAGACGUUCAGUACGAUGGAAGACAAGUUUGGUGAAAUGGUGACCAUUGAACUCAAGCCAGGUGGUGAGCAUAUUGAUGUCACAGACGAGAACAAGCGCGAGUACGUUGAGCGCAUGAUCGAGUGGCGAAUUGUGAAGCGCGUGGAAGAACAGUUCCGUGCCUUUAUUAGCGGCUUCUCGGAGCUUAUUCCACUCGAUCUGAUCAACGUAUUUGAUGAGCGUGAGCUCGAAUUGCUCAUGGGCGGUAUGUCAGAAAUUGAUGUGGACGACUGGAAGCGCUUCACCGACUACCGUGGCUUUACGGAGCAGGACAAUGUGGUGCAGUGGUUCUGGGAGUGUGUGACAAACUGGCCGGCGGAGCAGCGUUCGCGCCUAUUGCAGUUUGCUACAGGAACGUCGCGUAUCCCUGUCAACGGAUUCAAGGAUCUACAAGGUUCUGAUGGCCCACGUCGCUUCACAAUCGAAAAAUCGGGCGAGAUCAACCAACUGCCUAAGUCUCACACGUGUUUCAACCGUAUUGAUCUACCUCCUUACCCAUCCAAGGAGGUAUUGGAAAACAAAUUAGUUCUGGCGAUUGAGGAGGGCAUGCGAUUCGGCAACGAGUAA